AAGACGAUACCCUCCUGCUUAGAGAAGUAAAUGCUCAAAAUCCGUACAAACAAGGAAACAGUUGGGCCCAGAUCGCAUAUGCUUUGAAUAAGGCUGAUUUUAUUUCAAGUUGGAAGUUGAUUCAAGACGCGUGCGGGAGAGGACCAAGUUGCUGCUGGAUAAAUUUAAAGAGGAUGAAAAAAAAGACAUGAAGGCGUCCGGCGUAGAACAGGAGUUUACCGAGAACGAACAGUUACUUAGCGACAUCUUGGACAUGAAGUUGGACAAAGAUAUGAAGCAGACAAAGAAGAAAACAGACGAUGAGACCCGAGGAAAGGAAAUCAGGAAAAAAGCUUUGGAGACGCUUACAGAACGAAAAGAUGGAGGUGACGAUGAAACUAAGCCUGCGCUGAAACGCCAGAAGACCACCUCAGGCCAGGUACUCGAGUUCAUGGCGGAGAAAGCAAGUCGUGAGCACGAAUUAAAGGAAAAAGAGCUUAAAUUGAAGAAGCAGCAACUUAAGCUUGAAGAGGAAAGGUUCAAAUUGGAUCGGGAAGAACGACAGAAACGUAUGGAAAGGAAGGACCAGGAGAAGCAACUUUCGUUCAAAAUGAUGAAGAAGUUUGUACUGGACAAAUAA